AUCAAACUACUAGAGUGCAAGCUUCUAAAACAAGAACAGACCACUAAGAUCUCAAAGACGUUUGAAAAUACACACACACAAACGGGCUCAAAAUUUCCACUCUGCACUAGCCACAUGUGAGUGAAAAUUUGGCGCUGGUGACUAACAAUUCUUCCCUUAUUUUAAACCCUGAUAUAGAUAUACAGUAUAGGGAUUAGGGCUUCCUGAUUGUGUCUGGUUGGGCUCUGGGAAAGGGAUUCAAGGGCUCGGUUUGUGGCUAGUUAUGUAAUAGGGAAGGCAAUCCAGGGGUCCAGUUUGUGGUAUGCUGGGUCCUGGGGCAAUGGAUCAGGGGUCCUUGAUUGUGGCUGGUUGGGCAAUAGGGAAGGAUCAGGGGUCCCUGGUGUAGCUGGUUGGGUAAUAGGGAAGGAUCAAAGGUCUCUUUUUGUGGCUGGCUGGGUCUUGGUGAAGAGAUCAGGGCUCUGUCCAACUUAUAGUGGGACUAAUAGGCUGAGUGCACACAAGGCAGAAUAGCCAACUCUCUCAGCCUAUUAUCGCUGUGCGAGGUUAGAUGGCCUGAUUAAAAAGUUGACUUUCACAUUAGUAAAGCCACAGGUGAGAGGCUAGCAGUGGGCUUGUGCAGAACCAUAUUUAUGUCAAUACUACGUAAAUGUAUUGUCAUAAACAGGUGGACAGCGCCUACCGACAGUUUGCGCUAUAACUAUGAGAACUUGCUAUGGCAGUUAUGGUACGCAAGGAGCUCAUUUAAAUCUGUAAAUUGCAAGCUCAUGUGGCGAGGACCCUCUCCACCUCUUUUUUUUUUUAAUCAUUGUCAUUUACUUGCAGCUUAUUACAUACCCACUGUGGAAUAUGUAACUACUGUACUUGUAAAAAAAAAAUAAUAAUAAUAACAAUAAUAGGGUGAAGAAAAAAAAUAAAAAUGAAAAAAAUUAAAUAAUCACCUUGACUCUACAUGUUUCCUGCCAACCUGAAAUGUCAGCAUUGGUGAGGAGAAAACUCUAGUUUAACUUGUGAUGUUUUAGGGUGAGUUGUGUUUUGGGGAAUUAAUAAAUUUAAGACAGUGUUGGGCCCACAGGUAGAGACCCCCCCUCCCUAUGAUCAGGAACUACAACACCCACAAUGCCUUGCCAGCCUGAGGUGUAUACAGUGACACACCGUGGGCACUGGGGCCUGCCUGUUAUUUUGGGGGGGCUGAUGAGUUCCUAGUCCCCCAUUUCCAGACUGGGGGCUGCAGUUGUUUGAGGGGUGCGGCCAGGGGGCGGGGUUGUUUUUUUAGGGUGCGGAAUAUUGGUUGUCACAGAUUUGGGGGGGGCUCAGGUUUACUGUCCCCCCUCCCCUCCCUCCGCCAUGACACCCACCUGAGACCAGCAUGUCCCCCCCUCGGUUGGAGAACUCGAUGGCGUUGACACAGCCGAAGUGGCCGAGCAGGUCCUUUUUGUAGAGGUUCCUGCAGGCCUGCAGCCGCCUCCUCUGGAAGUCCUCCUUCAGCAGGGGGUCUCCGCGCAGCCCCCUCCGGGACAGGAAGCCCACCACCGACCGCAUGCCGCACCCCGUGUCCCGGCUCAUGGCUGACUGUCCCCGAGCAGGGCUCGCUGUGAGAGAGCGCUCCGAGCUGGCUCACACGGACAUGGCAGCAGCAGCUCAACUUGCUGGGCUCAGCCGAGCUCCUCCUCCCUCAGCUGAUCAUCGGCUUCCUCCCCCUGAUCCGAACCACCCGGGGCCCCCUGAUCCAAACCACCCAGGGCUCCCUGAUCCAAACCACCAGGGGCUCCCAGACCCGAACCACCCGGGGCUCCCUGAUCCGAACCACCCGGGGCUCCCAGACCCGAACCACCCGGGGCCCCCUGAUCCGAACCACCCGGGGCCCCCUGAUCCGAACCACCAGGGGCUCCCAGACCCGAACCACCCGGGGCCCCCUGGUCCGAACCACCCGGGGCCCCCUGGUCCGAACCACCCGGGGCCCCCUGAUCCGAACCACCCGGGGCUCCCUGAUCCGAACCACCCGGGGCCCCCUGGUCCGAACCACCCGGGGCCCCCUGAUCCGAACCACCCGGGGCCCCCUGAUCCGAACCACCCGGGGCCCCCUGAUCCAAACCACCAGGGGCUCCCAGACCCAAACCACCAGGGGCUCCCAGACCCGAACCACCAGGGGCUCCCAGACCCGAACCACCCGGGGCCCCCUGAUCCGAACCACCCGGGGCCCCCUGAUCCGAACCACCAGGGGCUCCCAGACCCGAACCACCCGGGGCCCCCUGGUCCGAACCACCCGGGGCCCCCUGGUCCGAACCACCCGGGGCCCCCUGAUCCGAACCACCCGGGGCCCCCUGAUCCGAACCACCCGGGGCCCCCUGGUCCGAACCACCCGGGGCCCCCUGAUCCGAACCACCCGGGGCCCCCUGAUCCGAACAACCCGGGGCCCCCUGAUCCGAACAACCCGGGGCCCCCUGGUCCGAACCACCCGGGGCUCCCAGAUCCGAUCCACCCGGGCCCCCCUGAUCCGAACCACCCAGGGCCCCCUGAUCCGAGCCACCCGGGGCCCCCUGAUCCAAACCACCCGGGGCUCCUUGAUCCAAACCACACAGGACCCAGCCACCCAGGGCCCCCUGAUCCAAACCACAUGGGGCCCCCUGAUCCGAACCCCCCGGGGCCACCUGAUCCAAACCACCCGGGGCCCCCUGAUCCGAACCACCCGGCCCCUGCAAGUGGAUCCUAACCACUCAAGCCCCUGACCCUAACCUCUCACCCGGGCCCCUGACCUCAACCAACACCCGAACCAACCACACAGGACCCAGCCACCCAGGGCCCCUGACUAAACCACACCAAACUCUGACCCAGUUCCACCCAGGGCCCCUGAUCCAAACCACACAGGACCCAGCCACCCAGGGCCCCCUGACCCGAACCACCCGGGGCCCCCUGAUCCGAACCACCCAGGGCUCCCUGAUCCAAACCACACAGGACCCAGCCACCCAGGGCUCCCUGAUCCAAACCACACAGGACCGAACCACCCGGGGCUCCCUGAUCCAAACCACCCGGGGCUCCCUGAUCCAAACCACACAGGACCCAGCCACCCAGGUCCCCCUGAUCCAAACCACACAGGACCCAUCCAUCCAGGGCCCUCUGAUUCAAACCACCCAGGACUCCCUGAUCCAAACAACACAGGACCCAGCCACCCAGGGCUCCCUGAUCCAAACCACACAGGACCCAGGCCCCCCUGAUCCGAACAACCCAAGGCUUCCUGAUCCAAACAACACAGGACCCAGCCACCCAGGGCUCCCUGAUCCGAACCACACAGGACCCAGCCACCCAGGGCCCCCUGAUCCAAACCACCCGGGCCCCCCGAUCCGAACCACCCAGGGCUCCCUGAUCCAAACCACACAGGACCCAGCCACCCAAGGCUCCCUGAUCCGAACCACACAGGACCCAGCCACCCAGGGCUCCCUGAUCCAAACCACCCACGGCUUCCUGAUCUGAACCACACAGGACCCAGCCACCCAGGGCCCCCUGAUCCAAACCACACAGGACCCAGCCACCCAGGGCUCCCUGAUCCGAACCACACAGGACCUAGCCAUAAACGUCACCCAGGACUCCCUGAUCCAAACCUCAUAGGACCCAGCCACACACGCAGGGCCCCCAGAUCCAAACCACACAGAACCCCCUGAUCCAAAUACACAGGACCCAGCCACCCAGGGCCCCCUGAUCCGAACAACACAGGACUCAAUCACACGCAGCCACCCAGGGCCCCCUGAUCCGAACCACACAGGACCAUCUGAUCCUAUGCACAAGAGCCAGCCACACACAGGGUCUCCCUGAGCCCAGUCACAGGACCCUCGGAUCAAAUCCACAGGACCCAGUCACACACAAGGCCCCCAGAUUCUAGCCAUGCACAGGUCCCCCUGAUCCCUUCCCCAGGACACUGAUCCCUUUUCCCAGACCCUGAUCCGAGCCACAGGAGCCAGCCACACACAGCGCCCCUGAUCCCAUUUACAGGACCUAGCCACACAUAGGGUCCCCUGAACCCACCCACAGGACACAGUCAGACACAAGGCCCCUAGAUUCUAGCCACACACAGGGCCCCCUGAUCCCUUCCCCAGGACACCCUGACCCAUUUUCCAAGACCCAGCCACACACAGGGCCCCUGUUCCCUUUCCCAAGACCCAGCCACAUAAAAAUGUCCAGGCACAUCCGAUUCGAUUGUUUCAACAUGACAGUGGCUUAUGCAGGAGCCAAAACAUUGUUUACACAUUUUUGUUCCAAAUAAAGACUGCUUUCAGAAGAAACCAUUGGGUGUGCAUGGACAGUUGUAUAUACUUCCAGUGAAAACAUUAGGGGACUUGCCCUCCCUGUCUGGAGCAUCCUGGUGGAAGUAAUCCCCUUUAAAAGGACCCUCCAAAUCCCUAAAGCACUUUAGCUUGCUGAAAAGCUUUGUGUGAAGUGUGUCUUUUUAGUUUCUUUCAUUUUGCAAAACAUGCAGAUUUCAGUACAAAUUGGCCCUUUUAUAAAUUAACCUGAUUACACCCCCUUGCUUUCAAUCAGACAACAGGUCCUGUUACUUCCUGGUUUCGUUAGCUUGUAACGCUAAACUCAAGAGGCAGAAAUAGCUCAGAGCACCUGCCUUGCAAUGACUUUUCAUUGAGCUGCAUUGGGAAUCUGUGAUUGGGCAGCCACAGAAAGUCAGGGCAGGUUUGAAGGGGAGGGAUUGCAGAUGCAGAACUGCAACUUUUGCACAUUUAGUUUUUUUGGAAAAAAAUGCGUAAUUAAAUUCAUGCAAGUUUUUAUAUGGAGUAUAUUUACUAAACAAUAAUUAUUUAUUUUGUAUUUGGGCAGUGGAGUGUCCCUUUAAAGUAAGUGCAGUGUUCUCCAUUUUGGUUAAAAAAACCUGCCACAAACAGGACUUCCUGAUCCAUUUCUUGUGACUCAACCUGCCAUAUACAGGGCCCCUUGAUUCCUUCCUUAGGACCCAGCCAGCCACAAUCGGGGGCCCCUGAUCCCAUCUCCAGAACCCAGCUUGUCACCAACAUGACCCAUUGAUUCCAUCUGCAGGACACAACUACACACAAGCAGAGCCUUGGAUCUCAUCCCUGUGGCCCAGCUAGACACAAACCGACCCACCUGACACAUUCUCCAGGACCCAGCUAGCCAGAAGCAGGGCUUUUAAUUUCAUCCCUUUGACCCAGAAUUGGCAGACAUCCAAUAUUUGUGGCUUGACAAACACCCCAAAAUCAGGGUAAUUUGGCUGGUGACAUGCUGGAUGCCUUAUAUAAGAGCAAGCCAAAAAUGUGUUCCCCAUUCUAUAAGAAUUAUAAGUCCUACAAUGCUCUGCCAGCCUUUGUGCUGGCUGUGUAUCGUGGAAGUUAUAAGUCUACAACUGGGGGCACACCUAUAGCCAUCAAGUCUUACAUAUUUCAUAGACACAAGACCAAAACAGUUCUCCCCUCAAUAAGCCUAUACAGCAUGCACCCCCACAAAUCAUAGCCAUUCUCAAUAGUACCCUCUCCCACAAAAUGGGUACCCCACACUGAGGACGCUCAGUCAAGUUUACACACCCAUUCUAAAAUUUUACAAUGCCACAAAAAGUGGUUUAGCCAGGUAUCCAAUACAUGAUUCAUGAGAAAAGUGAUCCAAUCGCAUCACAAUUGUGGCACAAAAGUGUCACUUUUUUUAGUUCUCUAUGGCACUUCAGUUGCCUGCUAAACUGUGCCUGAUCUGACACGAUCUGUGUGGGAACUUACAAUGUGAAAAUAUAGUCAUAUGUAUGAAACCCAGAUAGACAUCUUUAUACAUAACAGGGGCACAAAGGCAAAAAUAUUACUUUGUUCAGCUUUAAUAAUGUCACUCACUCUAACACAAAUACCCGGAGGCAUUGGGGGACUGACAGGAGCCCCAAGUUGGGUCCUGAAAACCCAUGGGUCUAAUUUUGGCACCAUUUAAUUCGUAACCCUGAGUCCAUUUUAAAGUUGAGAGAGCAAUAACGCCUCCAAUUGCAUAAUUUGUGACAGUGCCACUUAAAUGCAACAUAUUUGGAUUUAAUACAGCACCAUGUGGGAGUAUUGCUGUGGGUACAGACCUUUAACGCAGUUGGGUGAAGGAAUAAUGCAGUAUGGCCUGGAAUUAAUACAGCAGUGUGGAGUUUAGAAAUAUAGGUUCAUGUAGUAUUUUGAAUUCAAUCUAGAGUUUGGUAUAACAAUGUGAUUUAGACUUUAGAGAACAUGUUAAUGUUUACGGUUGGACUUAGGGUAUAUGCUGGUGACGCAAUUUGUGGUCUGCCUCCUCUUAUUCCGCUCACAGGUUAAUGCCAAUAUUAGUGGGUAUGGCUUUGGGUGGGGUCUUAAAUCAAUACAUGCAGAUCUUUUUGUCACCUAGUAACACCCCUGCAAAUACUAAUGUCUAUAUGGCAAUUAGCAGUGAUAUCAAACUUUGGGCAUAAUGGACCACAAGCCUUUUGUUUAAAAAAAAACAGUCAACGGAACAUAAUGAGAAGCAAUCUACAACAUUUAGGGUUCCAAAAAUUAACUUUCCACGUGUACACCAUACAGUAAAGUGAUGCAAACAGGUGGAUGCCAUAACCACAUGUUUAGUUACUUAAAAAGACUAGGCACUCCCACAGUCUCUAAAAGAUCACAUUUUCUACCUCAAUUUGAACAAUAAGAGGCCCCUUGAUGCUUCAGCUGUCUGUGACAGCUUGCUAACUGUUCUGCAUUCUCUAUUUAUUGUAUUGCUGAAGUGUUGGACUUGGACAUGUUGCAAAAUCCAAUUAAAAUGCAAGUAAAAAGAAUACAUAAAUAAAAAGUGACCCUUUAAGUUGUAUUUGUAGAUUUUUUUUUCAGUAUUUCUCUUACUAAACUGGGACAGAAUUUCUCAUUAAACCUGCAUGUGAUUUGGCAUCAGACCUGGGGUUUAUCACCACCCAGCAUGUAAUUAUAUCACCUUAUAAAACAUUGUUUUUAUACCUACUCCCACAUCAACAUAUAAUAACCCAUGGUUAAUGUUUUAUUUCUAAAUAAACACAAAGCUGCCACUGGGAGGCAUCACAUGCUUAGAAUGGAAGGGGGAUACUCUGAGCUCUGAGAGUGUAUGGGUUAAACAUGCCUCUCGCUUUCCGUACAAUAAGGAGGGGGAGAGCGGCACGUGCUCGGGCGGUGACGUAAUUUCAGGAAGAGGAAGUGCGUGCGGCCAGUCGGUGGAACGCUUGAGUGCGUGUCAGCUGUGUGUGAGCAUUUAUUGCGACCAGGUAACUGCAUGUCUAGCAGCUCCCAUUAUACUGACUGUCAUAUACCCAUACCAAGUCAUGGGACAUAUGGAAUCAAUGUAUGGGGUCUGCUCACUAAACACAACUGCAAAAUAUAGCCUAAAUUUAAAUUAUUUUUUUUUUGCAUAUAUGUUUGCAAUUGGUCUUCAUUUAAUUAGUUUGGUGUCUAAACCUUUUUAUAUAUUCUAACCAUGCCUACAUUUAAUUUUAGAGGUACUGAUGCAAGUUGGAAUUAUAUCAACUCGGGGAGGGGAAUUGCUUUCGAAUAUUAUUGAUUUUUAAAUUGUAAUCCAAUAGAUGCCUCAGAAUGUCUUGUGAUAGAGCGUGCAAUACUACAUUAUUUAAUUUAGAAGCAAUAUGUUCUAAGCAUACCUAGCAGACGUCCCUAUUCAGGAGGCACAGGUCAUAUUUUGAGUCCAAAUCUCGAUUUUCUAAUGUCCUUUUUAAGGAACUCCAUGUUGUUGGUGUCUAAGUGUAUAAACCAAGCUUUACAGCAAUAAUUGUCCCUAUAAAGUGUAUUUGGGCUACAAUAAAUGUGUUUAGAAACCAAUCUGUAUAACUAAGAAAUGUUGUUCUUAAUUAGAUUUUAGUUGCAUGUAGUAGUAUUAUUAUUAGUAAGUCACCUAAAAUUUCUCAGAACAGCCCCACACCUGGUCACACUUUUAACUUUAAACCGUCUGUCUAUUUCAGAUUUUGGGUGGUAUGCUUAGAGGACCGUACCACACUCCUAAAUCACUUCUGCUUGCUGAAGUGCUUUAUGGGUAAGGAGUAUCUGAUUAUGAGUUAGAAAAGUGCUGAUAUCUAUGAGAAAAUUAAACACCCACCUAGUUGUCAAUCAAUCCGACAGCCAGGUUUGUUUUCUACUUCCGUCAGGUCCCCUGAGCACUCUUUACUUGAAUGCGCCUGCAUACCUGUUUGUCAGACCUCCGAUCAGAAUGCUGCGCGUGCACACAAGCAGACAUGAGUGGUCAUAGCAGGUGUACACAAUAGGAGAGCUUCAGAGGCUUCUCACUGAGAAGACUCUGGCUACUUCCACUGUGAAAAGACUACAAGUCUCUUCUGGGGAAAAAAAGGGGAGGACUUGCAAUGGCCGCAGUUCGUAAGAUCUUUUGCCUUUACAAGCUCUUUCAAGAUUUACUCCCAAUGAAUACAUGUAUGAAAAAUGAUUUUAUGCAUGCGUGGAGCGUUUAUCUACUAAACAUUGAAUCUUACUUUUUUAUGCCGAUUUGGUCAUUGGUGUGACCCUUUAAGGCUGGGUUAAUACUGUCCAACUUUGUUCCCUGGUGUGCUGUUUUUGUCCCAAUAAGCGUAGAUGCAUGUUCAUUACACGUUUAGAAUGCUAGGUCCUUGCAGAGAGCACCAAAACAGGGCUCCCUGCAUGCUCUACUGUUAGUGGGUUGGCCCGGGGGAUUGGCUGGCAGGUUUGCAUUCAUGUCAAGCUGACUUCCAUAUUCUUUGGGCAGACCUAAGCUAUUUAUAGGCAGGUCCAUGGCCUUUGGGCAGCGCCAAUGACAUUAUUUGUAUCACUUGCCCACUUACUGGCACCAAUGUUGGGAGGUGCAUAUUUUUUUUUGGGGGGGUGGGGGUGAGUGGGGUUCACCAAAGUUUAUUUGCAAGUGUUCUGAAAAUUCUCAGAACAGCCCGACCAUUGCCUACAGCUGCUCUAAAAUUUAGAGUCCUCCUAGCUCACUUUAAUGAUUUUCCAGCAUAUUUCUACUUGAAGACACACAUUUUGAUACUAACACUUGCUCACACCCUCACAAUAUCAUAGGUUGAAGUGUUCCAUCCUUCCUGCACUUGUUUUAUUGGUAUGAUUAGUGGGUGGGGGAUACAUGACACCAAUUUAAUAGCCACACCUUUAGCAAUAUCUCGGUUUUAUAACAUAGCAUUCUGAAUACUGUAUUUUGUUGCUUUAGAGCUGUGUGAUUAAAAUGUAAUUCUCUAUAGGGGUAUAGUUUGUCAUGUAUAGAAUGGAAAUGUCACUGGUGAUUUGGGUGCCUAGGUACGUUAUGGUUGUGGGGCAUAUGCGGAAAGGGAAUUUGUGUUUCAUGGAAGUCAGCGUGUCUCUGGGUAUGUUAAGGGGAUAGUAAAGUCAAGGAAGUCUCUGUGUUGGUUACGGUUAAUAAAUGUCAGACUUUGUAGGUGUAAUCCAGAACUGAGAUUCCUUCAAUGAGAGAUGUCAAACAAAAAAACAAUAUGUGAACACAACCUCAGUAAAGAAAAUAUAAUAUAGAAGCGAACCAAGACUUCCCUUAUGUUAAGGUGAAGUAUCCAGAUGAAUCCCCGAAGACUUCCUCUUGUCUUCAAUAGAUAUACACAGAUAAAAUGGGGGACAAUCUGCUAAAUACAAAUAAAAUAGAAAAACAUAGCGUACAACUGUGUGGAGACUGGUACUGGUGUGCAAUCACAAUUGGUCACUCACAAUUUUGAAGAGUUAAAACAGCCUUGAAUGAUAUCUUUAUAGAGUUAAAACAGCCUUGAAUGGUAUUUUCCAGUAUCCAGUGUGUUGUUCCUCCUCACAUAUUCAUCAGUAAAUGGGUGUAUAUGUCUCAAAGAGAAAAAUAUGUACAAAGAUGUAGUGCACUUCCAGAAUAUAAAAAGUAUUUUAAUGACUUACAUUUAAGUAUAAAACAAACAGCAUGUCACCAUAAACGUCCUACGCGUUUCGUCCUAGGGUUGGACUUCCUCAGGGACUUAGUGUGAUAAGGUGCAAUAAAAAAUAGCAGCAGCAAUAACAAUAUCCCUCCCACAAUCCUUUUAUAUACAUCCCCAUUUAGUGUUUGAAGUCUUUCAGCUGGUGUUCAAAGACUUCAAACACUAAAUGGGGAUGUAUAUAAAGGAUUGUGGGAGGGAUAUUGUUAUUGCUGCUGCUAUUUUUUAUUGCACCUUAUCACACCAAGUCCCUGAGGAAGUCCAACCCUAGGACGAAACGCGUAGGACGUUUAUGGUGACAUGCUGUUUGUUUUAUACUUAAAUGUAAGUCAUUAAAAUACUUUUUAUCAUAUUCUGGAAGUGCACUACAUCUUUGUACAUAUUUUUCUCUUUGAGACAUAUACACCCAUUUACUGAUGAAUAUGUGAGGAGGAACAACAUACUGGAAAAUACCAUUCAAGGCUGUUUUAACUCUAUAAAGAUAUCAUUCAAGGCUGUUUUAACUCUUCAAAAUUGUGAGUGACCAAUUGUGAUUGCACACCAGUACCAGUCUCCACACAGUUGUACGGUUUGUUUUUCUAUUUUAUUUGUAUUUAGCAGAUUGUCCCCCAUUUUAUCUGUGUAAUGAGAGAUGUCAACCUGAUGGCUGCUAGGAGGGGUUCAAGUGAUAAGGCAAAUAAGAGAGUUGACAGCAUUUAAAGGUGCUUUUGAUGAUAUGGAAAGGGGGGGGGGGGAUAUUGGGUAGCAGUAAGUUGCUUCUAUGAAUUGUCUAAAUUCCAAUGGAAUGCUAAAAUGAUCUAGGACCAGAGAAGGCGAUCAAACACCUUCUCUGCGUCUAGAGAGACCAUGGCCACUGGGAGGACCCUUUUUAAUCCUUUUUUCAAUAAUGCAAAAUGUUCUAGCCAUAAAGCGCAACUGAUUCAUAAGUCUUUAUGAAAUCAGACAAGUAAUAUGGAGUCUGACUUUACUGUUAACCAGUGUCUUUGUAAGGGCACGCGGGGCUUCUCUAUCCUUGAAAUUUGGGUGAGCAACACCCCUGCAAUAUUCGUGUUUUAUGUAUGGAGCAUCGAUAAGCACUUGGUCUUGGUAAAUGAUAGUAAAAUGGUUCUACAGUGGCUCUUAAUUUGUUUUUUGUUUGUGUUUCAAUUAUAGGUAUUCCAAUAAGAUGCCCAGGCACCCUGGGCUAACACUUGGCGUUGCAUCUUUGGUGGGAACCACUGUAGGAUGUCUUGUACUGUGGAAGUUUAUUCAUCGGAGAAGACAACUCUCUGCUGCCAGUCUCCACAAGAACAUAAGCACUGGAGGUGAUGCUUGCAUCGACUGCACAGAGAAAGAGAGCAGCGAAAACUCGGAGGAAGAAUAUUGUGGUGUGUCUGCCGUAGAGAAGAUUUUGGAAGCUGAAAUUAAAGUAGUGUCUGACACUGAAGAAUGGGAGGAAAUCUGGCCUGUUUUGAACAAAGAGCUUACAUACUACAAAGUUCUUGGUAUAGACUGUGAAUGGGUAGGUGUCACUGUACAGUGUUCUGUGAUGUAACUGAAUGAAGUCUGUGUAUCUGUUUCUUGUUUUAAUACUUUAGUUUGACACAGAGCACAUUCUAUUCUAAGUCCAAUGGAAGUUUGCUGCACUGUGGCCUUCUUUUAUGCACAUAAUAGUACUUUGAAUUUACCUAUUUAAAGGGACACUAUAGUCACCCAGAUCACUUCAGCUCAAUGUAGUGGUCUGGGUGCAAUGUCCCUCAGGUUUUAACCCUACAGAUGCAAACAUAGCAGUUUCAGAGAAAGUUUCAGAGAAAUUGAGAAAUGCUUUCCUAUUGACAGCUUGAAUGCGUGCCCUACACUUACCGCGCAUUCGGCUCAGCUGUCGUCAGACGGGGAGCUGACGUUGGCAGGGGAGGAGAGGUCACCAGCGCUCGUUCUGGAUUAAAGUAAGUAACUGAAGGAGUUUUAACACCUUCAGCGCCACGAGACGGGGACCUUGAGGGUGAGGUCACACUCAGGGCACUAUAGUGUCAGGAAAUCCGCUUUGUUUUCCUGACAUAGUGAUCCUUUAACUACUGACAGUGAAAAGGCACAAAGUAUCAUAUUGCUGUGAAGGCUGCUACAUUUUUGUUCCCAGAUUAUAGUAACCAAAUAAAAUUCAAUGUUUAUAACUUUCAGUUUCACAGAAAAUCUCUAAUGUAACAUCUAAUACAAUUUAUCAGCUUGUAUUUACUAUAAUGUGCUGUUAAAGGACCACUAUAUUGCCAGGAAAACAUACCCCGCCGGGCUCUGGGGAGAGGAAGGGGUUAAACUUACCUCUUUCUCCAGCACCGGGCGGGGAACUCUCCUCCUCCUUUGGCUGAAUGCGCAUGCAUGGCAGUAGCCGUGCGCAUUCAGCCAGUCCAUAGGAAAGCAUUCACAAUGCUUUCUUAUGGACGCUGGCGUCUUCUCACUGUGAUUUUUUUUUUUUCAGUGAGAAGCAUGCAAGCGCCUCUAGCGGCUGUCAAGAGACAGCCACUGGAGGCUGGAUUAACCAAUUUAUAAACAUAGUUUCUCUGAAACUGCUAUAUAUUAUAUUAAAAAAAAAAGUUAACCCUAGUUGGACCUGGCACCCAGACCACUACAUUAAGCUGAAGUGGUCUGGGUGCCUAUAGUGAUCCUUUAACCAAGCCCUCUUAUUCCAGUUAUUGCCAAGUCACAGGGGCAGCUUAGAUCUGCAGAGAGUACAUUUAUAUUUUUCCGUUUUACUGUAGUUUUAAGCCACUUUUUCUUUAAACUUUUUGGGUAACUUUGUUGUGUUCUCCUCCUUUGUUUUUCAGGUGGCUGUAGAAGGAAAAAAGAAACCAGUAUCUCUACUACAGAUGGCUACCCACAGUGGUUUUUGUAUCCUGGUUCGUUUGCCUCAAUUUGUCAACUCUGGCCGUACUGUCCCCAAUACGUUUCUCAAUCUCCUCGCAAACUCCAGCAUUCUGAAAGUUGGAGUUGGCUGCUGUGAUGACUCCAAUAAACUGCAGUGUGAUUAUGGCCUUUCUGUGAAAGGACUUGUCGAUAUCCGAUACCUUGCAAUGAGACAGAGGUAUUUUUAUUUAUACAGUGGUUUUAUUUUCAGAUCUGGGGUUCCAAGAAUUUCUGUGAAUGAGGCAUAACAAGGGGAUAUUCUCAAUCACUCUUCAAUAUAUGUUUAAAAGAUACUAUAGUACAGUGGCAGCAUCCCAUGAUGCUUUGCUAGCACUAUGGGAGAUGUAGUCUGGAGUCCUGAAUGUUGCCUAUCCCUGCUAUCGUACAUUGUGACUUCUUUCCCCCUUAUCCCCUUUAAAGCCCAUUGGAUAAUAAUGGAUCAAAUGGUGUCCAGCCUCGUUUUGAAGAUUUCACUAAAUGAGCUCAGAUGCUUCCUAAUCUUGUCUGGCUCAACUUCCGCAAUGUACAGGCAAUACAGGACACUUAAUAUUUGGGGCUUGACUUGCAUAAGGUAGAAAACAUUUACCUCUAGAUCAGCGUGACCAUCCCACCUUCAAUGUACACAGUAAUCUUGACUCCUAUUAUCCAAAAGAUUGAAGAACUGGGAAAGGUAGAGAAGCGUAAAUCCUCUAAUAAGAGAAAGAUAUGAAGAUUUUAAUUAUGAGGAGAAACGUCUUAGGCUGGGUGGGUGUGUGUGUAUUUGUAUUAUAAUGUCCUGCACCUUCUAACUGUUUAACAGGGCUAAAAAGGAACACAGACUUCAGGAAAAGAUUUUGCAGAUGUCCUGUUUGAUUCAUAAUCUCCUCAUUUUGAGGUGUCAUUGGAAAAAAAAUAUGUAAAGAUUUUGUGGCAUAUACAGUUUCUGUAUGGACUCCACUUUAGUUGAAUUUGCAGGAAGUCUAUUAUUUGGUGCUCUGUCAUUUGUGUAGAAAAUCUGUAACGCCUGAAAUAGUACAUUUUAUAAAUAGUUUUUCAAAUUUAUUAUCAAAAUGACGAGCUGCGAUUAAGUCAAAUAUUUGUUAUGAACUGUGUAACUAUAUCUGUACCUGCUAAUAAUUCUACAGUUUGGUUUGUACUACUGUGAAUUGAACACUGAUGAUUUAUUUAUUUUUUGUUCUAGAAGAGACUCGUUUCAGAACAGUUUGAGUCUAAAGACUCUCUCCGAGAGUAUUUUAUCCUUCCCCCUGGACAAAUCCUUUCAGCUGCGCUGCAGCAAUUGGGAUGCAGAAGAAUUUAGUCCGGAUCAGGUCUGUAUCUACUUGCAAGCCUUGGUCUGUUCACUGUGUUUUGGUAGUUUGAAGUUUAGCAAUGUGGUUUGUGUCUGGGACGUAUUUGCAAUAUUUGUAAAGUCUUUCCAAUUCUAAAAUUAUUUGCAGUGUAACAGACUUGCUUGGCACAAUAGAUGGGUUAAAGAAAUCCUAAUGAGACAUGUCAUUGUUGCACAACUAUUCUAAUCAUAUUUACAAUGUAUGAAUUUAAAAGGGGCCAGCUAAAUACUAUAACCCUUACUGCUUAUUGUGGUGCAGGCAGUCUUUAUGUGCGUGUGUGUUUUUUUUUUUUUUUUUUUUUUUUUUUUGGGAGGGGGAGAGUGUGACCUGAGUCAGCUUGCUAGCCGCUUGCAGGGACCCUGGAACUCUUCUGCCCCCAUUUGCCGCAGCUUGACUGGACUCCUUCUGGAGCUUUGCACCCUACCAGGCAGUAGCUCUCCUUCCAGGCAUGUAUCGUCCCCUCUGCUUAUUCCGCUGCUGCUCUGCUUACAGUGACUAUAGUUAUUGCCUUAUCCCAGAACUAGAGGGAUCCUGCAACCAGAAAACUCCUCCAAAGACUACCACGAAGAUCGCUAAAAAUCCACACAGGACACAAGUUCCAAAAGGAAAGGACAUACAAAAUUUCAUUUUUCUCAGGACUAGCCCAUAGACUCUAUUACAUCUAGAUUGCUGUGACAACUUAAAUAAAAUACAAGUAACCAAAUCCUAGCAGACAACAUACAGCAACUUAUAACACAAUGACAUAUUUUUAAGGGGGUGGGGAAGAUAAUCAUUAUAAUCAUUAACACUAAAUAUCUCCCCAGCCUGCAGAAUUAGCAAUAUGCAAAUCUACCUGAAUAUGCAAAUUAGCAAGUCUUGCUUUUCAGGUAGUGCAUAAAGCUGUUGCUGCAACCAACAGAGGUUUCUAUACAGGCUCCGUAGCCAAAGUUCCUCCUAGUUGGUAGAAAGCAUCAGCAGGACAGGAGAGCACACAAACCAGUAACAAUAAAUACAUAAUACACAUACAUUACACACACACACCUUGCACCUACAAUGGGUACAGGGUGACUUAAACAUAGGAGUCAUCCAGGGAUCUUAUGUUCCCAGGGAUGGUGACUACCGUCACAAUGAGUUACUAUGUCCUCAUCUCUGGGUUUGUAUACACAAAUGUAGGUUGGUUUGUUUUUUUGGGAUGUUUUUUUUUCUUCUUCUUCUCUAGUGUGAAUACAAAAUUAAGUUCUACAGAUUGACCUGCUUCUUUGUCUUUUUUCCCUAGGUUUUGUAUGCCGCAAGGGACGCACAAGUCUCUAUUGCCCUAUUUCUUCACCUGCUGGGAUUCUUCUUACCAGAUUCACCCUGCUCUUGGGAGUUAUUACUCGGAAAAUGUCAAGGGUUGGUAGAUGUCCCGUUUAAAGCAAAAUCUGCUGGCAUUUUAAAUGGAGAUGUAAAUGGUGCACAAAGAACUAAAAGGUCAAGGUCUGAAGAGAAGCUCUCUCAGAUUAACCAAGGCAAAGACCCUCGCAAGAAUAAGAAAAAGCCCCUUGGCGUGGGAUACUCUGCAAGGUAAACGUGGAUGUAUAAAACUUACAAUUCUAGCAAGAGUAAUAAUGUCUAUUCCCUCAGUUGUCCUGUUCGCCUGCUGUAUAACACUGAUCAGUUUUAUAGACCAUGUCUGUAAACCAUGUCUUUUUAGGAAAGCACCAUUGUAUGAUAACUGCUUUCUGCAUGCUCCUGAUGGACAGCCCCUGUGUACGUGUGAUCGGAAGAAAGCUCAGUGGUAUCUGGAUAAGGGCAUUGGAGGUGAGAGCAUUUUUGUUUGCCAGCUCCUGUCUGAUAUUUAAUAUGGUCAACUGUCCGUUUCUGCAAGGAGCCAUAACUUUGUAACUGUGUGUGUGUGUUUUUAUAUUUUAUAUUUUUCUCCUUUCCACUCUCCAUUUGAGACUUUUGUGUGCAGGUUUAUUCAUGCAGUGAUGAUGGUCCCAAAAAAUGUGAAGACUGACCCAUGGCUAUUCCAGUGAUUAUAUUUUUAUUUAUUUUUUAGAAUGGUAGAGACUUCCUUUUGAACAUUCUUACACUAUCUCUAAUCUUUUAGAUCUGAUUAUUUAAGUGAAAUAAAUUCUCUUCUGACUACUGACUUUUAGAUCUGAUUAGCAAUGAUCCAUUCAUUGUGAAGUUGCGAUUUGAACCAUCUGGCCGCCCCGAGUCCAGUGUGGACUACUACCUGACUGUUAAAGAGAAUCUUUGUGUGGUGUGUGGCAAAAGGGAGUCCUACAUAAGGUAAUCCUAAAGUCUGUUAUUGACAUGCUUCUUUGUUAUACAUAUCCUCCAGUUUAAACUCAUGCACGUACUGUUGUGUGCUCACCUCUUUUACUUACCUCUUUCUGCAGAAAGAAUGUGGUGCCCCAUGAAUACAGACGCCAUUUUCCUAUCCAGAUGAAAGAUCACAAUUCUCAUGAUGUGCUGCUGCUUUGUACGUCCUGCCAUGCAGUGUCUAACUACCAUGAUGCCAGUUUGAAGCAGCAGCUCUCAGAGGAAUUUAAUGCCCCUAUAGGUUGCGAAGAAGGGGUGCGCAUGCUGGAAGACCCUGAACGUAGGCAAGUGCGCUCUGCAGCCCGGGCUCUCCUUAAUGCCUCCAAGCUGCCAGAGCAACGAAGGAAUGAGCUUCUCAAAGAGAUCAAAAACUUUUAUGGAAUGGAAUACAUCACCCAUGAGACUUUACAAGAGGCAGCAAGUCUUGAGACAAGGUAAUACGUUGGAGAGAUCUUGUAAAAGCAAUACUGACAUCAACUACACCUCACAGGUGACAUUCUCAACAAUUCCAAAGUGACUUUCUAUUUAUUUUAUUUUUUUUAAUUCUUUAUUUUUGCCAUGACAGUCAUUAAAGGAACACUAUAGUCACCUAAAUUACUUUAGCUAAAUAAAGCAGUUUUAGUGUAUAGAUCAUUCCCCUGCUCAAUUCACUGUCAUUUAGGAGUUAAAUCACUUUGUUUCUGUUAAUGCAGCCCUAGCCACACCUCCCCUGGCUAUGAUUGACAGAGCCUGCAUGAAAAAAAAAACUGGUUUCACUUUCAAACAGAUGAAAUUUACCUUAAAUAAUUGUAUCUCAAUCUCUAAAUUGAACUUUAAUCACAUACAGGAGGCUCUUGCAGGGUCUAGCAAGCUAUUAACAUAGCAGGAGAUAAGAAAAUAUUAAACAGAACUUGCAAUAAAAGCCUAAAUAGGGCUCUCUUUACAGGAAGUGUUUAUGGAAGGCUGCGCAAGUCACAUGCAGGGAGGUGUGACUAGGGUUCAUAAACAAGGGGAUUUAACUCCUAAAUGGCAGAGGAUUAAGCAGUGAGGCUGCAGGGGCAUGUUCUAUACACCAAAACUGCUUCAUUAAGCUAAAGUUGUUCAGGUGACGAUAGUGUCCCUUUUAAUAUUCAUAUCAGUUACAGUCAGGCGACUCAAUACACAAUUAACAUAAAUAAUCAAAAUAUAUAUCAUGAUACAGAAAAGCAUACCAACUUCUUUUCAAAUACAAAAAGUUUUAUAUACAUAGUGCAUGAGCCCUAGACCUGAACUCGAUCCGUCAGGGUUUUUUUUUUAUUAUUUACAAAAAAUAUUAACGACCGGGAAUAAAGAGUAUAGCUUGGUGCCUAGCUUAAGAACACCGGUGAGUAGUAGAAAAAAGGUUAAGGCGUAUACAAUCCCACUUUCACCAAGCUCGAUGCCUUUGUGACUUUCUAUUUUUAAUAGGGAACUGUAUAUAUACAUACAUGGUACAGGCUGGGCAACCCAUUGCAUGUUUUUAAUAUUGCUUCAGUAAACCAUUCUUUAUACAUUGAGUGAGAUGCCAUAAAUCUUGAAAGUCAUCGUUCGUAGACCCUUCCCAGUGUCAGAGAGAGGGGUCUCCACUGCACCAAGGAAGACAGGGCUGCCUAUGAUGGGUGGUGGUUUUAGAACCACCGACGCUGGUGAUACAUGAGAGGGGACUUUUUUGUAGUGGUAGUUUGGGUGGAUUUAUCAGUUUGAGUAAACGAGAACUCAUCCAAACUAGGUUAACAGUGUUCCUGCAGUUACAUAUGUUUUUUUUUGUUUUGUUUUUUUGUUUUUGUUUUUUUUCUGUAGGCUUUUCAAUGAGUCCUACGUGCCUCAUGGAGUGAAGGUAGUGCAGAGCUACGCUAAAGGUGGACUGAAAUCUCUAAUGGAGCUUGAGAAACGUUGGCGUCAGCAUUUCUUGGACAGCAUGCAACCCAAGUAUCUGCCACCACAAUGGUCUGUUGAUCACAACCACAGCAAGUUGCUCAGGAAAUACGGUGAAAAUUUGAUGAUUCCAAUGGGUUAGAUCAACUUAACAGGAUCUUAUUUAUUUAAACAUACGAGAGUGAGUGCAGUGAGAAUCUCUUCAUGCUUGGUUCAUGUACAAACUGUUCUUAAAGAAAGCCAUUAAUGUGUUAUGACAUGCCUUUGCUUGAUCACAACACACAUUCUUUUUUUUUUUUUGAAACGUGGCAUUUUUUUAGUGGACCUUGACAUGAGAUUCCUACCUCCUUUGUGUAAAAAAACUAAAUUUAAAAAAAAAUUAAAAAUCAAACUAACAAAAAAAAUUAGAAUUUUACCAGAACAGUUUAGACUCACUUUAACCCAAUUUUUGUGGGAUUAAAGGACGAUAUAAAUUUUAACUUUGUAACUGAAAUACUUAUCUUCUCGCUGUUUUGGCUUACAGUGGAAUGCAUUUUGAGAGCCACCUUUUACUUUAUAUUUUGAGGACUGACUGAUCCUUCAGAUCUAGACUUCUGGUAAGGGUGAAUUUACCAACCUUGCCAAAAUUGACUAGACUUUCCUGUCCUAUAAUGUGGGGCAUUUCUGCAUGUUCUCUUUUGUUAUUUGUAAAGGUGUAUAUUUUUUAUUAUCCCCUCUUUUCUUCUGGGAUGCAGCCAGUGCAUGUGAAUCCCAAAAACCCCUGUGUACUGAUCUUGUUUUUUUGUGAUGGCUCAUGCUCUUAUCAAUGUACUAUUUAUUUAUAUUCUCCCAUGUGACUAAUUUAUAUUUGUAACAUUUUUCUGUGGAGGAAUCUGGUAUCUGACAAGGAGCUGUGCCUCUAAUGAAUCUUAUAAAUGCAUUAAACAUGUUUACCA